GAAAGGGAACCUCAGAUGGAUUUUGUCUACAGCAGUGAGGUGCUGGUUAUACAGCACCUCCAGAACAACUACAGGGAAUACCACGACUUUCUCAACUUCAUGUCAACAGUGGGAGAUCGUAAUAUCUUCUCUGUUUAUUUCCCCCUCUGGUUUCAUCUCAGUCAUAAUGUGGGCACCAGGAUGAUAUGGGCGGCUGUUAUUGGUGACUGGUUCAAUCUUAUUUUCAAAUGGAUUCUGUUUGGGCAGCGACCUUAUUGGUGGGUGCAGGAAAGUCACGUCUACCACAACGACUCAUUCCCACAUUUGGAGCAAUUUCACAUCACAUGUGAAACAGGGCCAGGAAGUCCAUCUGGUCACGCCAUGGGCUCAGCAUGUGUGUGGUAUGUGAUGAUCACCUCUGCUCUCAACUUCACAAGGCCAUCCUCCACUGUGUCUUCUGCCCAGAGCUUUCAAAGGUUUCUGAGGUCAUGUCUAUGGAUGGCUUUUUGGGUCAUUCAGAUAAGCGUUUGCAUCUCCAGAAUUUUUAUUGCAACACAUUUCCCACAUCAAGUUAUCCUCGGCCUUUUAGCUGGUAUGCUGGUUGCCGAGGCGUUUGAUCACAUCCCCUCAGUCUACAAUGCAAGCUUGAAAGUGUACCUCCAGACCAGUGUUUCUCUUUUCUCUCUAGCCGUUUGCUUUUAUCUGAUCCUCAAACUGACAGCCACUGAUCCUUUGUGGUCGGUCACUAAAGCCAAGAAGUGGUGCGCUAACCCAGAUUGGAUCCAUCUUGACACCACACCUUUUGCUGGUCUGGUGAGAAACCUGGGAGCCCUGUUUGGUCUGGGCCUGGCUGUGAACUCGCAGAUGAUCAUUCAGAGCUGCAAGGGGAAGAACGGCUACAAAACCAGAUUUAAACUCAUGUGCGUGACAGCGACUCUCACAUCCAUGCAACUCUAUGAUUUUAUCAAACUACCCACUCACACGGAGGUUCCGUUUUACAUUUUAUCAUUUUGUAAGAGUGCUUCAGUUCCUCUUGGUGUGGUUGCAGUUAUUUCUUACUAUGUUCAUUUGAUCGGAGAUGAGGACAGGAAGUUAUCUUAGAUUAUGGAGGAACUGUGAAGUUUUGUAAAAUCGUUCUCAUCACUUUUUAAUUAGCAUUAAAGGAGGAUACAUACCACCUGUCAGACUGUUUAGUCACAGCUGUCACAUAAGCACUGAAACUGCAAGAUAUUGAAUUUGUUUUUAUGUGGUCUAACUUGAUGAACAUUGCAAAGUAUGACAUGUGCAGCCUAACAGCCUAUGUAUACUAUAUCCACUGUAUGAGUGCAUAUGUGAAGCAUUAAUGACAUGAUAUGACAGACUGUUGUAAAUAAAACUGUUAACAUUUUUUAUCAA